CUCUCGACCUCGCCGCCCAGUCCGCCUCUGGCCGGCCCCGCCCCCGCCGUCGCCGCCCCACCGUCGAAGGCCCACCCAGCUCCGCCCCUCCCCCGCCGCCGGCUAGAUUCGCCCCGCCGCUCCCUCUCGCGUCAUCCACUCCGCUGCUCCUCUUCGUCGUCGUUCGCCUGUUCUCUCUCUCGCCGCCCGGGGAGGAAGGCGUCUCCGGCUCCGGGGAAGAGGCCGCCAUUGCUGCCACUGCUGCUCUGGUUGGGGAAGAUGGUUGUCCAGGAGUUCACUGUUGAUCUGAACAAGCCUCUUGUUUUCCAGAAACUUCCACAGGCGGCAGCACUGGCAAACUCCUCUACAUCGUCAUGGUCUCCACAUGAAGCCCCUCGGUACCUGCUUCGUACAACUCCUGCAAGACGUAAGCACAACGAGAUGGAUGCAGGUCGUGCCAACUGGGAUGAUAACACUACAAAAAUAUUCCUAGACCUCUGCAUUGAUGAGAAGAACAAGCUCAACUACAAUAAAAGGGGCCUAACCAAGGAUUGGAGGAAACUGAAGGACAAGAGUGGUACCGGGUGGAACAACAAUACCCACACCAUUGAUUGUGAUGAUGAAUGGUGGGCAGCCCGAAUUGAGGAGAACGAGGCAAACAAACAUUUCCGUGGCAAGGCGUUUCCAUUCUAUGAUGAGUUAACCACUCUUUUCGGGACAACGGACACUGAAGGCGGUCCAAUGUUGUGUGUUGGUGGAAUUGGAGAUAGAACACCAAGCUGUGGAAGUGAAGACACCCCUGACCCAAUGGCGGAUGAAAAUGUUGACUGGUUGGAGGACACUGUUGGACGGUCUAGUGUGGGUCGUGUGUCGCAAAGGUCAGGAAAGGAGCAUGUUGUUAAUAGCCCACCACCCAAGAGAACUAAGAGCAUGGAGUACUAUGGCGAGCGUAUAUCUGAGAGCAUGAUUCAAAGGACUAUGAAUGAAAGAAAUCUAAUCAGCCGUGAGGAAGAGGAGGUUACGGAAAUGCUGCACCUUGUAGAACAAGAUGGUGUACCGAAUGGGUCUGAGUUGUACUUCAUAGCUACUGAGCUGUUUAGAUCGCCAGCUCGACGUGCAUCUUAUAGGAGCAUUACCGCUUCAGAGAACCGGAUUGCAUGGCUCCGAUGGACUUGGGAUAAUGUCAAAAGGAAGUAAUACCGGUCCAUGAUUACAGUGUAUUUGCAUCUACCUAGGAAUGUGUGUAUUUGUAAUGUGACUAUGGCAUGGUGUGGCAGCAUGUUUGUAAUGUGAAUUAUGUUGUGUUAGACCUUGAUUAUUCAUGCUACUAAUCCAUAUAAAUUUGUGUCGUUCCACUUGA